AUGAAACUCGAAAACGUCAUUCUUCCAUGCAGAGAUUCCAAAUCUCGUUGGACUGUCACCAUCGAUUUCGACAACGACAACACGAUAACAUCCAUAGACCCGACGACCGAACCACCCAACAAGUCAGAGUCGGCGGAACCUGCAUCACUUCUUCUACCAACUCUCUGUCAUCCACACAUUCAUCUCGACAAAGCAUACAUUCUGACCUGUAACGUUCAACACAAUCCACCGUUUUCUUCGGCUGAAAGUGAUUCGGGCGGUAAUGGGUUGCCAGACUACACCGACCUAGCACCUCAAUCAGGUUCAUUCGGUGAAGCACUGACAAAGACGUCCGAGGCCAAGAGACGUUACACCUCGGAAGAUUUGUAUCUACGUGGUUCACAACUACUAGGAACGUCACUCACACAAGGUGUCACUUCAUGUCGAGCCUUUGUCGAACUAGACCACGUCACGAAAACAUUGUGCCUGGAAGCGGCCAUAUCUCUUCAGACGGCAUUCGCAAAGCAGAUGAAUGUACAGAUUUGUGCCUUCGCACAAGAUCCUAUAUUCAGUACGGAGUACGGGUCGGAAAAUCUAAGGAUCCUAGAAGCUGCGUUGGACCACGACGGGCCGAAAAGGCACAUCGGCGCAUUAGGAACGACUCCUUACGUCGAAACCUCGAGGGAAGCGUCGUUGGAAAACAUCACUUGGGCAAUCGAAACGGCUAUAAAAUAUUCUCUCAAUCUAGAUUUUCAUCUCGAUUAUAACCUCGACCAAGAUCAACCUGCCUUGGUAUGGGACGUGAUCCGUCUCCUGAAAGAAGCGAAAUGGAAGGAACGUGCGAACCCAAACAAGACGAUAGUUUUGGGUCAUUGUACACGUCUAACGCUGUUUACCAACACCGAAAUGUCGAGACUCGCGGAAGAAAUUAGGGAGCCAAAAUUACCCAUUCAUUUUGUGGGUUUACCCACGAGUGAUUUGUUCAUGAUGGGGAGACCUUCAACAAAUAGUCACGACGGAUAUACAUCAAAAAGACCCCGGGGGACUUUACAAGUACUAGACAUGAUCCAAAAAGGUAUCGACGCUUGUCUGUCGGUGAAUAAUGUAGGAAACGCCUUCACUCCUUGGGGUAACGGGGAUCCGAUAUCUUUGGCUUCGAUGGGAGUGGGAAUAUAUCAGUCAGGUACUGAAGAUGAUGCGACUCGGUUAUACGAGUGUGUCAGUACGAGAGCAAAGAGGGCGAUUGGGUUGACCAACACGGGUGGUGGUGGAGGGGAUGAGUCUAGUUCAGACAAUCAAGGACUGGUACUUGAGGAAGGAUGCAAAGGUCCGCUUCUACUCAUCCAUAACGAAGAAUGGGUUGGGUGUCCAGGACAUUUGUCAAUGAAGAUACCAGCGAGGCAGCGUGUGAGUGUCAGAGACGUUGUGUGGGAUGUUCCCGAGGUGAAAUUAAGGAAGAUAGUACGAUGA